GUCCUCCCCACCCCCCGCAUCAGCAGCAGCGCCCUCCCCUCGCACCGGCAGCCCCAUCCCAGCAGCAACAGCAGCAGCAGCAGCAGCAGCAGCAGCAGCAGCAGCAGCAGCAGCAGACCUCGAUGUACUUCUUGGCGUUGUCCCAGGCGCCCCCCGAGUUGGCCAUGGAGACCGCGAGCUGGAGAGCAGCAAGGAGGGCCCCCGCGAGAAAACCCGCAGUGCACUUCUUGCCAAAAAGGGCCCCCAGCAGCAAAGGGGACAGCAGCACGAGGGCCCCCGGGGGCCCCAUUUGCUGCAGCGAGGCCCUCGUGGAGAUGGCGAUGCAGCGGGUGUAG